UUGUUUGUUGUUCAUCACGCAGAUCACGAUUUAUCCGGAUUUAUCGGACUUAUCGCUGAUUCACAACCGCACGACCGUUGACUUUCACAUAAUUCGCUGCUCUCAAUCGGAUUCAAAGUGCAUAGCAGACUAAUUAUCUGUUUUUGAAGCGAUUUUUGAGUGCUUUGAAGCACCGUCCUGCUGGCUAAUCGAUGCAAUAAAUCGGCACUUCUCAUAAAUCUCACCAGACGAGUCACACACAGCAGGAUUUUCUCAUCAAGUGGACAAUGAAUUCCUCGCAUGCGGAUGCGAAGCAGGCGCUGCUGCUGGUAGCUGCCAAUGACAAUCUAAAGAAGCAGAUUCAAGAGCUGGAAACGCAGCUAAAAGAGGCCCGGGCGUUCGUGGAGCAGACCAACGAAUUGAUUUCUGUCUAUGAAUUGAUCCACAAGCAGGACAAAGCGAUCAUGGACCAGCAAAAUGUCCUAAUUGCGGCUCGGGAUGAGAAGAUUGCUGCUCUUGGGCGUCAAGAAGUGAAGAAGCCUAAUUGUAAGCCAACCAGGAAAGGAUCAGAGAAGCGAAUGCUCCAAACUUUGGUGAGACUUGCCGAAAAGUUGAAGGCAAAUGAUCUUCUGACCAUUUAUUACACUAAGAAGCUGGAGGAGUGGACUGAGUUGUUGAAUGAUGAAAAUAACGACACCUAUGAUGUGGACGGCUUGGAGGAAAGUUCAAAAGAGAAACCAAAGGCUCCUGCUGAAAAUCUGGCCACUGCUGUUGUGCUGUCGGAGGAAGCUGCUCCCCCCUCUGACGCUCCACCUAGUCCUGAGAGCGAGAAAACUGCUGAAGAGAAAGAGAAAGAGCCUGAAGCCACUGAGGAAGCUGCUUCCACAGCCGAGAAAAACAUCUACGUGUUUGAGCCUCUGAAUUCGGAGUUGAAGGCUGCUGCUGAGGAAAAUCUGAUCCCAAAGGACGUGGAUGGUGAAGCUACGGUCAUGAAUGACACGCCCGUCCCUUUUGCCGACCCUCAGUAUGCAGAAGCUGGAACUCCUCCAGCUGGAGGAGAUCAGGAUAAAGCUGUCGACAUUUUUGAUGAAGACCUUGUCCUGCCCUACGACACGCCUGAAACCUUGUCGGCUACUGACAAUGAGGAAAUGGACAUGCUGGCGGUUGAAAUGGAGGAGGCUCAAUCGAAGCCUGUCGAAGCUGGCGAUUCUACCACAGCAGGUUGCGCUCAUCAAGAUGCUGCGGUGCAGGAAGAGGCUGAAGAACCCAAUCCCAGCACCACUAGAAAAGCUAAUGGCGAGUUUGAAGAUGGCGAGGAUGAUUGGAUGGAACUCUCGGACGACGACUCAGUUUGCGAUGUGAGCAUGGCGAUUGACGAAGAGGCUGCUGACACUGAAGGUGAAGAACAGGCAUCGAGUGUCCAUCAAGAGGCCCCAGAGAAAGAGACAGCAGAUUCUCAGCAAGUCAUCCCCAUGGUUGAAAACAAAAGCCAAUCGGCUCCACCUGCCGACGCCGACAAAGUGGCUCUCGACUUGCUGCAGGCCGAGAAUGCUGGGGUGCCUGCCAAAAUCGUGGAGGGUCAAGUUUCCCACGUGGUCAGCUCUGAUUUAGAGUUGGCCAGUCUUUGGGACACUCACGAGGAGAUUGAGACGCAGUCGCUGGCACUCGAGGUGCCUGCUGAAAGGGCAGCCGAUGCUCCUUCCACUUUACAGAGCAGCAAUGCAGAGGGAGCUGCUGAUGUCCAAAAUACUGAAGAAGAUGAAGAACCAGAAAUGGUGCAGCCAAGGAAAGUGUUGAAGCGCAAAUCAGGCGCGCUCCAACAGAAGGGCUGUCCUAAAAAGGCAAAGAAGAGCUGCAAGUACUCUCCUGGCAAGACGGACACACCUCAGCCGAGGAUGAAGAUUGAUGACGAAGCUCCUGACGCCAUGGGAAGGCCCAGGGCGAAGAAAACGGUGGGAAGGAACAAGAGGCUGCUUGACUACCCUCAGUUUGAAGUGCAGCGGAGGAAGAAGAACAAGCAGCGCAGCCAAAGGGAAGGAAUCAACAGAAGAGUGAAAAAGCUGGUUUGUUGUCAGCUCUGCGGUUUCACCAUCACUAACCUAUAGAUGAGCAACCAUAAAAUAUGUUCCUCUCUCAUUUAACCUUUGAUACCUAUUACUUUACACAAAGAUAAUGCUUCCUUUUGAAAGGAAACAGAACUUGCACUGCGUCGUCUGCACGAUUGUCAAGAUUUGUUGUUGUGAAUUUGCUAGAUCAUUUAAAAUAAACUCUGCUCUUCUGUUUUUACCCUUAAAAUUGUUUUUUUC